GUUAGAGAUUUUGAAAUAGUGACAAGGUUGCUAGUGUUAACGUAGUUCCGUUCAGACUACUUUUGUUUGUCAAUGACAGUCCAGAAUAUAGGCUACUGAUCUUUACUGAGAUUACUAGAUUUAGGCCUUUUCAUGCUUAAUAAUUCGGCAGAACUCUUAAUCUAGUAAUUCUGUCACGAGGUAUUUGUCUAAAUGUGGGAUUAGACCAGUUAAAGUUUCUCUCCACAGAUUUCAGCAGCUGAGUGCAGGCUGUUGGAGAUGGCGUCUGAGAAAAAGGACACCGGUGAAGUUUUGAAAGAACAGAAUGUUCUUCUUCGAAUCCGCAGUCUUCGAUCUGUCAGUGCCGCUCUGGAAACCAUUGAGAAAACAUAUUUGCAUACGAAGCAGUCUUAUCCAGUUGUAAACUCUGUGUGUGGGAUAUAUGAGAAAGGUGUGAGUAAGGCUGGCAGCUUGGCCAUGUGGAGUCUUCAACCUGCCUUCUAUGUACUCGAGCCACAGCUUGUAGCAGCCAACUCGUUGGCCUGCAAAGGACUAGACCACCUGGAGGAGAAGGUACCAGCCUUGCAGUAUCCACCUGAAGAGCUAACAGCAAGCAUCAAGGAGCUGGUGUCAUCAACUUUGGAAACUGCCAAGGAUAGUGUUGCCUUUCCAAUCAAACAGACCUCUAGUGUUGUAUUGGACAAGGUAUCUACUGGGUACCAGCAAAGUAAGAAUGCCUUAAGUGACGGCAUACAUUAUGUCCUGAGCAGCAAGCUUGUCUACCUGGCUGAGCAGAGAGCUGACAGGGCUCUUAGUCUAUUGGAAAACCUGGUCGACUUUGUCCUUCCUGUAUCUUCAACUGAGAAAGAGGAUGAUGGGAGUGUGGGAGAGCAGGGGCCUGAUGUUGGAACUUCUGGCCCAAAGCCUAGCUUCAGCAGGCUGGGAGAACUGUCCGGCACCAUCUACAGACGGGCAUUUGAGAAGACAGCUGCACAACUCCAGCGCUCCAAACGUCAAGGUCAGGAACUGGUCACACAGAUCCCUGGUGUGAGUCCUCUGGUUGAAUAUACCUUGAAGACUGUGAAGACCAUAGGAAGUGUAAUACUGGGUCUGCCAAGCUCUGUGGCAGUGUUUCUGAAAGAUGCGCAACAGCACGAUACUCUGAAGGUGAUGACCAGUAAUGAGUUUGAGCAGCUAGAGAUUCCUAGGCGACCUUCCGAGCCAGAAGGAGGAUCCCAAAUGGCGGAAGACAAUGGAUCAAAGGAAUGUGAAUGUGUUAGUAGCUCUCUGGUGCUGGAGACUAGUGUAGAAGACCACAUGCACAGUCCCACUGGCAAUUCUCAAAAUCAGCCCCCUAAGGUUACAGAGCUCCAGGAGAUAUCAGAGGAGGCCCGUCAGCUGAAGAAGAAGGUCAUGAAGCAGAUUCCUAUGCAGCAGAAAGUAAUUCUUGGUGGCAGUAACAAGAAAGUAUCCAAGAGGGAGAGUCUGACAGAUUGCACCCAGAUCUCCUCCUCAUCGUCUUCUUAUAUUAGUACAGGGGAAAACAGCAGAAGUGCCUCCCCUACUACAGAAUGAGAAUCGAAGAAUAGUCAGAGUGGGAUAUGGGUUUCAUUAUUUAUCCUGCAGGUCUGUCAUGUUCAGCAUUAAGCAUAGCAGUCAUGGGUCAUGAUUUCUAAAGUGCUGGCGGAGGUGUACGUCAACACUGCCUAUGGAAA